AGAACAUUUUUUUAAAUAAUUUUUGUAGACUGUUCGUUGGAAUUUAUAAAAUCUAGGGUUUUCAGUUUCUACCGGCUCGAAUUCGAAAGGCUAAAUUUUGACUGUUAGGCAGCUUGUCGAAAUCUCGUUUAACUGUAGAUCCAUGGAGUCAUGGAAAGUUAAACUUUAGUCUUCAUUGUCCUUCCCUGUAGUUGGAAUUUCAGCAGUGUUUCUGUUUUUGGUUAUUCACUAUGACUUAAAGUUCAUCUCGUUGUUUUGUUUAUAAGUAAUGAAAUGCUGAUGACAGCGUGUGUCAGCGUUCCUUUUCUUUUUUCCUUUUAAAUUAAUUCAUGUAGCUGUUACUCGUGAGUCUUGACUCUUGAAGCUGUUACUCGCUUCAGAAGCUUGGAUUUGUUACCUCUGUCUUAAGGCAUGAAAGAGCCUUAAGAUACAAGUUGUGGGUUUUGGAGCUUUUUCAUAUUCAUAAUAUCUAGGUGAGGAAGAAACACGUUAAAGUACAUCAGAAUUAUGGAGUGUAACAAAGAUGAGGCACUCAGGGCAAAGGAAAUUGCCGAAAGGAAGGUUACAGAGAAGGAUUACGCUGGAGCUAAAAAGUUCGCUUUGAAGGCUCAGAAUUUGUAUCCUGGGCUUGAUGGUGUUACUCAGAUGUUGACAACACUAGAUGUGUAUAUUUCUGCAGAGAAUAAAGUAAGUGGGGAGGCAGAUUGGUAUGGUGUGCUAGGGUUGAACCCAUCUGCAGAUGAUGAGCUUGUGAGAAAACAAUACAGAAAGCUGGCUCUUAUACUUCACCCAGAUAAAAACAAAUCGGUAGGUGCAGAUGGUGCUUUUAAGCUUGUUUCUGAGGCCUGGGGCUUAUUAUCAGAUAGGGCUAAGAGGUUGGCAUAUAACCAGAAGAUAAAUUUUAGGGGAACUCAACAGAAAUUUCCUGUACAGAGUGGGCUUUCAUCAGUGCCACCUAGGGCAAAUGGCUCUCACAGUUCUAGUUCUAACCUUGCGUCAAAUGCUAGGACUCGGAACAGUAAUAGCCAAGUUGGUCAAACCUCAUUUGCUUCUAAUAAAAAGCCUGCUACCUUUUGGACUGUUUGCAAUAGAUGCAAGACACAGUAUGAAUACCUCAGGAUUUACCUGAAUCAAACACUUCUAUGCCCUAAUUGUAAUGAGGCCUUUUUGGCUUUAGAAAAGGCACCUCCCCCAAAUGUUUACAGGUCAUCAAAUUGGUCCGCACAACAGCAGUCUUCAGGGAAUCAUGCUGGAAAUGAUAAUUUAUUUAACCAUGGAACAAAUUCUUCCAGUUCUCAGAAUUCAGUACAUGGUGGAAGUUCGUGGAAGAGUCAAGAGAGAGUGAAAAGGGAGCAUGAAGAAGCUCUUAAAGCAGAGAAACUCGUGAAGAAGAGAAAAGAUGAUAUUCGCGGUAAUGGUUAUGUAGGUAACAUGGCAACUCAAACAGCCAUGGGAAAUGUACCUGGCUCAGGGAACACAUUUGAAUCUAGGGGUGUUUUCGAAAAAGGAAGUAUCUAUGGGUACUCUGGAAAUUAUAACAAGCCCAUCACUGAGAGAGAAUUGUCAUUGUUUGAAAUUCGAAACAUGCUGAUUCACAAGGCACAGACUGUUAUUCGUAAUAAGCUUAAGGAGUGGAGAUCAGCAACUGAAGUCAGAACUGCUGACAAAGUUAAAGUGAAGGUCAGAGAGAAAGAAAAUAGGAAACAGAGGAGCAUGGCAAAUGGAGAUGGACAUGAUACCAAUAACGAAUAUCAUGGCAAGCAGUCUCUUCCUGCCUCUUCUCCUGAUGAAUCAGAUGCGGGGACUGCAUCAUUAACAAUAAAUGUUCCAGAUCCUGAUUUCCACAAUUUUGACUUGGAUCGAAGUGAAAAUUCUUUUGAAGAAGACCAGGUCUGGGCUGCGUAUGACAAUGAUGAUGGAAUGCCCCGAUUCUAUGCUCGAAUUCACAAGGUGAUCUCGUUAAAGCCUUUUAAGAUGAAAAUUAGUUGGCUUAAUUCAAGAAGCAACAGUGAAUUUGGUUUUCUAGACUGGAUAGGCUCUGGUUUCUCCAAAACUUGUGGGGAGUUCAGAAGUGGCAGACAUGAAAUAAGUGAAACAUUAAAUUAUUUCUCCCACAAGGUUCAGUGGACAAAAGGUACACGUGGAGUAAUUAGAAUAUUUCCUAGGAAGGGGGAUGUCUGGGCUCUUUACAGGAACUGGUCGCCGGAUUGGAAUGAACAUACCCCGAAUGAAGUGAUACACAAAUAUGACAUGGUGGAAGUGCUUGAUGAUUAUAAUGGGGAACAAGGAGUCUCUGUGGUCCCUCUAGUUAAGGUUACUGGUUUUACUACAGUUUUUCAUAAGCAUAUGGACCCCAAGGAAGUCAGGAGGAUUCCUAGAGGGGAGAUGUUUCGCUUUUCACAUCAGGUUCCUAAUUACUUGCUUACUGGCCGAGAAGCUCAUAAUGCUCCAAUGGGAUGUCGUGAGUUAGACCCAGCAGCCACCCCUUUGGAGCUACUUGAAGUAAUUAAUGAAGCCAAGGAGACAUCUGUGGAAGAUAAUUCUCUGAAAUCUGAUAAAGAGUCCUUAAAGAGUGCAAGAGAACUUGCGGCAGAUGGACGGGGGGAAACAACUGAUGAAAAUGCCCGGGAAGGGUAGUUUGUAGAGAAAUAGCGAACAAGCCAAGGAUGAUUAACUAAUGGUGCUUGCCCAGAGGACCAUAGGAUGCUGAUGUGUAGAUGAUGCUGAAAAAGCUUAAAAGAAUCGGAAUAUGAAGAUGCUGACUGCACCAACCUGGUGAGUUUUUGAUAUUUUUGUAAGCUUGUGGAACUGUAGAAAUUGCUUCUUUUUGUUGUGCCAUAGUUGGAUCCAAGUGAGGUCCAUGCUUUUGUUUUUACUUACUAUGGUAAAAGCUUAAUAUAGAACACUCGAAAUUAAUAGGAUUUACUUCUUGAA